AGCGUCGCUGUGCUGAUAGCCGGGCGCUCGUAGAGUAACGGUGAGCGAUAACGAGACGGCGUGGCCCGGUAACAUGCAUUAGUAUCACGCGUAUAAACAGAGGUGCUGGGCAGAAGGGAUAUUUGAAUAGACAUGCUACAGUUGAUGACAACACAAAGUACUUUUACGUAUUGACUGUUGAAAAAACUCAAGAAAAGUUAGACUUGCUUAUACCAGCUGCAUCUGUAAUAUGUCUGCGAUUUUCUUCAUUUUCCUCAGUCUAAAUGUUUUAAAUGUAGCAUUUGGGCGUACCUGCGAAGAGGUCGAGAAAUGUAACUACGAUGAAAAGGUGCACGCAGACUUCUGGUAUCAAGGAAACUUGCGCGCCAUGUGUCGUAUGGUGAGAGCUACCGCAGACUGCAUUCAGCUAUCUAUUGUAGAUUGUCGAACCAAGGGACAAAACUUUACUCAACUCUCAAAGCAGAUUCAGGAACACGAAAAAUUUUUGAGCUCCUGUGAACAAGAAUCAACAACAACAACAACAACAACAGCGUACUGGACUCAUUUUAAGCGUGGCAAAAAAGGAGGGACAAAAAAGAAAACUAUAACACCUGAACCCCCUCAAGUGGACAAAUGUAGUGAGGAUAUUAUGGCAUGUGUUAGUUACACACGCGAUCUGGGGAAGGAAACCCAUGAAGAGAUUGAGAAAAUAGAAGAGUACUGCAUAAAAAUCCAGAAACAGUUAAUCUGUUUGAAAUCAACAAUAUCAGAGUGCAGAGAACGUGGAUAUGAAUUAAAUGACACUAAAGUUGAUACAUUGACAGACUUGUGGAGAAGCAAUUGCAAUUCUACUACUAAGCUCUAUGAUACUGGUUCAUCGAAGCAAAAUGAUGGGGAAAAUCAAAGUUCAAACGUUCAAAUUAACUCCAUUCUUUUUUGCCUUGUCAUCAUGAUUUCAUUUAUUUACAACAUUGGUAAAGUUCAUUUGUAGAUGCAUAAAUAUAUUUAUUUAUUUCAUUGGAUUGUUAAUAAAAGAAACAUUUUUAUAGUAUAUUUAGUCAAAAGUUGUAACUAAAACAUUUUUAAGCUUAUGAAAUCUAUUUUAAAACAGGAAAAUUAUGGUAAUGGUAGUUGUUUUUAUGUUUUUGUUAAGUGAAAUAUACAACAGCCAUAAUUAAAGUAAAAUCUGGAAGUGAGUACAAGUGUAAUAUCAAUAACUGCAUUAAAAAGUGCAUCAGUUUAAUUUUCUAUCAUUCAAUUGAUAA